AAUGCAAGACUGAUAAUGAUUUUAGAUAACAAAUAUUUUCUAGUCUUUGGCUUAGCACAAUGAUUAUGAAAUUAUAUUGACUUUCUGUUAUAGAUAAAAAGACAGAGAGUCAAGCUAUUUCAGCACAGCUAAGUUGCCAUACAAGGACUUGCAUGAAAUUUCAAUUUGGUGGUGAACACAAACCUUUCAGGGUGAGAAAGUCUCCUUCAUAUGAUAAAACUGGUCCCAUUAAUGAUGAUGCCGUCUUGCAUAUUUUGAGACUCAGAGAUAAACUUAGCUGGCAGACAUUAUUACCACCUUGUGAAUUUGUUAAAUCGAAAGAUGUGGCUAAAUUUCGGAAGAUCCCAUUACUGGAUGAUGCAUUAAAGAAAGAUGAUGGAGAAUACAUAUACUGUCUUAUAAGAAGUAGGGAUGACCCCAAAGCAGCCUACAAUCCAUAUGAUCUUCAAGUAGUCUCUGCAAAUAUGGCUAGACCAAGUAAAGAAUAUUGGACUAUUAGUGCCUCAUAUGUAUCCAAGUUCACCUCAGUGUGUGGAAAACAAGAAAUGGAAAUAACUCCAGUAAUGGAAUGGUUAUAUGAAAGACAACUUUAUAAUGUGUUACAUAACAUGGAUUUAUAUUUUAAUUUCAGAAAAAAGAAAUAUUUUAUCCUCUGGAAAAAUAAUGUUAAGUGUUCAAAAACAAAGAUAAAUCAAAUGAUAUUGUAUAAGCAACUAUUUUUUGCUGAUGAGAUAUUGCAAAGUUGCUUACUUUAUCUCCAAACCUUGUGUGUAGAUCUGAGUAAUCCAGAGAAGCCCAGAUCAUCUGAACAAACAACUAUAAAUUUCAUAAAGAUAAAUACAUCCUAUACAUACACAUUAGAUAAAUUUUGUGAGGAACAAUAUCAACAGAGUCAACAUGCUUUAUCUCAACUCCAAGCUUUUAAAGAUAAUGUAAUCAAAGUAAUUCAGACCUGCUUUUUAAAGGUAGCAAAAAUGAAGGGAGCAGAAAAACUUUUUCAGCAUUCACUGCAUGAUUUCAAAGAGAAACCAAAAUACUUUGAGAUAGCUCAAUGGCGGCAUAUUAUGGAACGCUUUUCUAAGUUUCUUAAGCUUAUAGAUAGAAUCUUUCAAGAAUUUCUUCGCAGAUUGGUAAACAAUGCCAUAACUACUCUUUUGGAGAUAUUUAAAGGUUCCAGUAAUAUGACCAUUUCAAAAAAGAAGACAAAUGAAAGCCUUAUGAGAGCAUAUAAAAAUACAAUUGAGAAAGCAUUUUGCUUAUUGACUGAAAAUAGAUGCCAGUGGGUCUAUGAAAAUGAGCAUUUUGAAGGCACUCAGAAAUUAUUGCACCGUUCAAAGGAAUCAGAAGCACGUGAAAUUGUUACUGUCAGUGAUAUAGACAAGAUCCUAGAAGAAGUGAAAAAGCAACUAAAAGGAGAAGAGGAAUAUUCCCCAAUAUUUGAAAUAAAUAUUUGUCUGAGAAUUCCCUAUGAAAAGGAGGAUCGUAGAAAAUAUUACCAAAAUCAUGAUGAUCAUAUUAUAGAAUCUUCAGCAGAAUCUUUGAAAGAAACAUUAGAUUUUGAUGAAGUUUUGAAAAUCUCAUUUGAAGAUCAUAGCAAACAUGAAGAAAAAUCAGAAAAUACUACAGGAGAUUUGGGUACCUUCAGGAAUGAAGAAAAAAUAAAGCCAUUGAGAAAAGAGCCGAUUUCUGAUUCAAAUAAACAAUCAAUCACCUAUGAGAGAUCCCUACAGUUCUCUACAGAUGUAUCACUGAUUCCUAACAGAAAAACAUUUUCAAUACAAUUACAAGGGAUUAUAUAUGGAUUAGAAAAUAUCAUUGAUCAAGUUACACCAUUUUCUCAGGAUUCUCGGCUUUCAAUCUUCAUUGAUCAGUCUUUACAUAAAAUAAUGCAGCAAUGUGAAGAUUACACAGAUUUUGAACCAGGACAUUAUCAAUCAACAUGGCCAAACUGUGAUCUCAUUCUUGGGACAGAUCCAGAUUACCAAAACAAUAUUCUGGACCUUCUUUCUCUUCAGAGUUCUUCACUGGCCCAAGUAGAAUCUUACAGCAGAAACUUUAUGGAAUAUUGCAAUAUGGUAGAUAAAGCAAAAUAUACAAAAGACAAAAUAACAGCAUUGGAAAGAGAGAUGACUACAAAGGAGUUUAGAAAUAUUCUAGAAAAUUAUACAGCUGAUGUAAAGGAGAUUGUAUGUAUGCUUAUUGAGAAACGUAUCUCUCUGUUUAGAGUCAACAGUUUGAACUUUCAGACUGACUGCCUGCCAUAUUUUGAGGGUCUGCUUGACAUUAUUCAUACUUGUUUUUAUUCAGCAAUUGAUACAAAGAAUGUACAUCUUGUUGAAGUCACCCAAUCAGCGGUAGCAAAAUUGAAUAAAGAACUAGUAACAGUGGAUGGAUUUGUUGAACAUUUGCUAUAUCUUCAGGAAAUUUCCUCACAACUACCAAACAUAAAGAUUGAAUAUAAGUAUCUUUCUGAGCUCCACUUCAUUGCAAGUGAUUAUAACAUCUUUCUCCCACUUAAGCAGCUUGCUCUUUAUCAAACUGUUGUGAGAACCCUCCAGAAUCUUCAAUCAACUAUCCUUAUCUGUGAAAAAAUGAAGGAUGAUUAUGUUAUAAAAUUUAAUGAAACCUUGGGAGAAUUUAUGGAUAAUUUACAGGUUGAAAUGAAAGAAUACAAAAAUAAGGUGAGAAAUCCUGUCCUUCUCCUUAGUGAAACCUUGCCUAAGACAGCUAAAGAGAUGAUUGAAAAUCUUAUUGAAGAAGCAGGAAUUAUCAGUGAGAAAAUUUUAAAUUAUGCAAAUUACCAGCAUGUGCUUGAUGGUGCCAUUGGUGACAUGAAAUCAUUGUCUGUAGAAAAGCUGUCUCACAGAAGUCAGGCUGGAGAUUCUCAGAGAGUGAAUGCUGAACUCUCAGAAAUUGAAAGUGAACUACAGUUACGUAAAUUGUUAUGGGACUCGCAUGAAGAUUGGGCAAAACUUAUCUUUAAAUGGAAACACACAAUCUUUUGGAAUCUUGAUGUAGAUAUAAUUCAAAGUGAGGUUAACAGAUUCAUGCAGAGAAUUCAUAUUCUUGAAAAAGGGUUGCCAGAAAAUACUAUUUUACCCAUUAUGAAGACAUCAUUAUUGGAUUUUAAGGAAUCAUUGCCUAUAAUCAUAUCUUUAAGGAAUCCUAGUCUUCAACGAAGGCAUUGGGAAAUAAUACAGAAUAUUGUUGGAGAGUCAAUUUCUUGGGAUAAAAGACUUACUCUGGAGAAGAUCCUGGAACUCAGUAUGUUUCAGUAUAGAAAAGAUAUUAAUGAAAUAUCCAUAAGAGCUUCCAAAGAAACAACUCUUGAAGUAAUGUUGAAAAAAAUCAUUAGCCUUUGGCAGAAAACUGAUUUCCACUUAUGUCCCUAUUACACUGAAACAUCUAGUAUUUGUAUUAUUUCGUCUGUGGAAGAUGUAACUACUCUGUUAGAAGAGUCUCUGAUGACAAUUUCAACCAUUAAAAGUUCUUGUUUUGUUGAACCAAUUAAGAAUCUUGUUCGUGCUUGGGAUCAUAAGUUAAACCUCAUUUCCUGUACUCUGGAGGAAUGGUUAACUUGUCAGAGACACUGGAUUUAUCUUGAGCCAAUCUUUCAGGCUUCAGAAAUAAAAAGACAACUUCCAGGAGAAGCCAGUCUCUUCUCUGUAAUUGAUAACAAAUGGAAAGAAAUCAUGAAAUUUGCAGCAGAGACUCCAAAUGUUCUUAAGGCAACUACAACAAGUGGAAUUUUUGAAAUACUGCAGAGCAACAAUGCAUCACUAGAAAAAAUACAGAAGGCUCUUGAGGAGUAUCUUGAAGUUAAACGUAUGAUUUUCCCAAGAUUUUAUUUUCUCAGCAACGCAGAACUCCUUGAAAUAGUAGCUGAAAGUAAAAGUCCUGAUGUUGUACAGCCUCAUCUUAUGAAAUGUUUUUCAAAUGUGAGGAAGAUAUAUAUACGGCCGCAACAUCAAACACCACCAGUGGUUUUAAUGAUUAGAUCUGCUGAAGGAGAGAUUCUUCUAGUACCAAAAGGUGUUCGUAUUAGAGGUUCUGUUGAACAAUGGCUUAAAAAUGUUGAGAGUACCAUAUGCAAUAUGGUAAGAAAGUUUAUAGAAGUUGGAAUUACAGAGUGGAAGCAAAUGGAAUUUAAAGAAUGGUUUUUUACCCACCCAGGACAGGUGAUAUUGAUUGUGAGUCACAUAAAGUUUUCUCAAGAAUGUGAAGCAGCUAUGUUGAGUUCUAAUUCAAAAAAGGAGAUGAUAGAAGACCUGGAUGAUCUGAUCAACGUUCUAGAGCAACUUACAGAGAUAGCAUCAGAUAUUCUUCCCUACCAUAAGCAAAGCACUUUAGAAGCUUUGAUUUCUUUAUCCAUCCAUAACAGAGAUAUACUAUCUUUACUGAUAGAUCAAAAGAUUGGCAUUAAAGAUUUUGAAUGGACAAGGCAAUUGCGUUACAAAUCGCAUGAAUCCAACCUGUGCACAGUUAUUCAAGGUUAUGCUUCCUUUGAAUAUGGUUAUGAAUAUUUAGGCUGCUCUCCACGAUUGGUUAUCACCCCUCUUACUGAUCAGUGUUGGUUAACCAUUACUGGAGCAUUACAAUUAAAUCUAGGAUGCUGUCUUGCUGGCCCAGCUGGUACAGGAAAAACAGAGACAGUUAAAGAUCUGUCAAAAGCUUUGGGAAAAUUCUGUCUUACGUACAAUUGUUCUGGAGAUUUGGAUGAUAAGAUAAUGGCAACAUUGUUCUUUGGGCUUGUUCAGUCUGGAGCAUGGUGUUGUUUUGAUGAAUUCAAUCGGAUUGAUAUAGAAGUCCUCUCUGCAAUUGCUUCACAUCUUCAGGCAAUUAAGGCAGCUAAAGAUAGCCACAGUGUCAGAUUUAUACUGGAAGGAAAAGAAAUUCGUCUGAAACCACACUGUGCAAUUUUUAUUACCAUGAAUCCUGGAUACAAAGGUCGUGUGGACCUUCCAGACAACUUAAAAUCAUUAUUUCGUCCUAUGUCAAUGGUGAUACCGGAUUAUGAACUCAUUGCUGAAAUAAUGUUGUUUUCAGAAGGUUUCAAAUCAGCAAAAUUACUCUCAGGGAAGAUAAUAAAUCUUUACCAACUUUCUAGCAAAAGAUUAUCACAACAGGAUCAUUAUGAUUUUGGCAUGAGAGCUAUAAAAACUGUAUUAAUAAGAGUUGGUCAAAGGCGGCAGGAUUUGAAACUACAACACAAUAAAAAACGGUUUUCUGCACUAGAGGAAACUCUAAUCACAAUUGAAAUACUGAAAGAAGUGAAUUUACCAAAGUUAAUUGCUGAAGAUGUUCCAGUAUUUGAAGAUAUUAUCAGAGAUCUCUUUACAGAAAUGGAAGUUCCAAAAGUAAAUCCUAAGCGAUUAGAGAGUGCAAUAUCUCUUGCAAUACAUCAUUUAUCCUUGCAGCCUUGGGAAAAUCAGAAAGAGAAGGUUAUACAACUAUACAAUCAGCUUAUGGCUCGUGUUGGUGUGAUGCUUGUAGGCCCCACAGGUGGAGGAAAAACUACCAUUAGAACAAUUUUAGAAAAAGCCUUGAUAAUCUUUCCAUUAGUUGAUAUGGAAAGUGCUACCAAACUUGAUGUUUUUCAGAGUAAUUCAAAGAGAAGCAAAGUGGAUACUUUUGUUGUAAACCCAAAGUGUGUUACUAUUGAUGAACUCUUUGGACAGACAAAUCCUAGUACAAUGGAAUGGUCAGAUGGAUUAUUAUCAUCAGCAGUUCGAGGAUUUGCCAAACUUGGAAUCAAAAAAUCUAAAAGAAAAGAUCCAAGCAUUGGUAUAAAUUCAGAAAUGCAGGAUUUAUAUACACUGAAUACAGUGAAUGUAGCAGAUGCAGUUGUGCCUGAUGAAAUUUUACAAUCAGCAGAGAAUAUUCAGUGUGAAACUGCUGUUGACUGGCAGUGGAUUAUCUUGGAUGGCCCAGUAGAUCCACGUUGGAUAGAAAACUUAAAUUCUGUGCUAGAUGACAGCAAAACAUUAUGUCUUGCUAACAGUGAAAGAAUUUAUUUAUCACCAGCCUUCAGAGUGAUAUUUGAAGUGGACUGUGUGUCUCAAGCCAACCCAGCCACAAUUAGUAGAUGUGCCAUGGUUUAUGUGGAUCCUGCUGAUCUGGGAUGGGAGCCUUAUGUCAAAACAUGGCUGCAAGGCAUUUCUGAAAUAAUACCAGAAAAUAGUAUUGAAUAUCUUGAAAGUUUAUUUCACUCAAGUAUAAAUAUAGGGUUAACCUUUCUAAAUAAACAUAAGAAAAUGCAAGCAUUUCCUGUACAUCAGUUGGGGAUAGUAAUGAACAUUUGCAGAAUUAUUGGUUCAUUUAUUCAUGUAAUAAAACUAAGUCAAGUAUCUCAAGAGAAUAAGAAAAGACGACAAAGCAGCACAGUGAGUUUUUCAACGAUAAACCAGAAGGAUUCUUCACAAUUUUUACAUGAAUUCAGUUCACUUAGUGGAACAGUCCCAUCAAUAAUGAAGAAAAGGGAUGGUCAGAUAUGGUUUUGGGAAAAGGAGCCUAAUAAAAUGCUCAUAUUAUUGGGGAAAAUUUUCAUAUUUGCAUUUACUUGGGCUGUUGGAGGAAUUUUAAAACGAGAGGAAGAACAUGAAGGUGAAACUCUCAUUGAUAUAAACACUAGCCAAGAUGAGCUUGCACAUGUAACAUGUGACUUCAAUUACCUUGUUCGUGAAUUAUUUGAAAAAAAACCACCUACUAAUAUUCAGCUGCCAUCUGGAGAUAAAACUGUUUUUGAUUAUUUUGUGGAUUUACAAACAGGAGAAUUUGAACCAUGGGGACAUUUAGUUCCUAGCACGCAAUUCCUUAUCCAGAAAGAGACAUCAGAUCUUUCUGAUUCUGAUAAUAACAUGUUAGAAAAUCAAGAAAAGAAAAUGGAGGCCUCUGCAUUUAUUCCCAAUAUUGAUACAAUUCGUCACAGUUUCCUAGCAAGUCUUCUUUUAUUGUCAAAACAUCCAGUACUGAUUAUAGGAGACCCUGGUAGUGGAAAGACCACUAUGAUAGAUAAUAUGCUUGGAAGACUUCAGAAAGAUGGCCUAAAUAUAAGGAAAAAAACAAUAUUAGGAGAAGUCUUUUACUACAACCAAACUAAAAUAACAAGCUUGAUGAAGAACUACAGUACAUUGAAAACAGAUCAGUUUCGUGGCUCUUGGAGAACACAUUCUUCAACCAAAGUAUUACUUUCAGCUCUCAGCUCAGUAAGAGAGGAUUCUGAUGUAGAAGAACCAACUUCAGGGCCUAUCAUUUGUAAAUUACAAUUAGGUGCCCAUACAACUGCAGCCCAAACGAAGAGUUUGAUCAUGCAGAAAUUAAUACUGAAAAGUAAAGAUGUCAUGGGUGCUCCACAAUCUAAACAAGCACUACUGUUUAUUGAUGAUCUGAACAUUCCAAUCGCAGAAGCAUAUGGAUCCAAGCCACCAUUAGAGUUCAUCCGUCAGUUUGUGGAGUUGGGAGGAUUUUAUGAUAUUAAACACCUUGAAUGGAAGCAUGUUCAGGACAUUGCCACAGUUGCAUGCUGUACACCUCUAAAUGUAGGAGGUAAUGAGAUUAGUACUCGUCUUCUGUCCCAUUUUUGCAUUUUAGUUUUGCCUGCAACUUCCUUACAGUCUUUGCAACGUAUUUUCCAGGUACGCCUGGGAACAUACUUUUACAUGAAUAGAUUCUUGGUUGAAGUGCAGAAAUGUACAGAUAAUUUAACGUGUUGCUCUAUUGCUCUGUACUAUAGAAUGCUUCAUAAAAUGCUUCCAACACCUGCUAAAUGCCAUUACAUAUUUAAUCUACGAGAUCUUUUUAAGGUACUUGAAGGACUACUUCAAGCCCACAAGUCAAUCAUUGUCUCAAAAGAAACAGCAGCAUUAUUGUUUAUGCAUGAAUCUACACGGAUUUUCCAUGACCGUCUGGUUGAUCUAGCAGAAAAGGAGACAUUCUAUCAGUUUCUUUCAAAUGAGCUCAACAAUUAUUUUAAAAUUUCCUGGACAAAGGAGAAGCUGAUGGAGGAGUUUCCUAUAUUUGUAGAUUUUCUAGAUUACACCAUACCUGUAGAUAAGAGAAUAUAUAAAUAUGUCCCUAGCCAGAAGGUUCUUCUUUUGACACUGGAAGAAUAUUAUAUGAGAAUGCAAAAAAAAGAGUCAGAGAUCAGCAUGGUAUUUUUCAAAGAAACAAUACAGCAUGUAAUUAGAGCUGCAAGAGUUUUUCGACAACAAGAUAGUCAUAUGACACUGAUUGGGUGGAAUGGCAAUGGAAAAGCAACCUGUGCAUCCUUAGCCUGUUUUAUAUCUGAAUGCAGUAUCUAUAGAUUAUCUACUUUCUAUAGUUACAGCUUUGCACAUUUUCAAGAGGAUAUUAAAAAAGUCUAUAAACAAGCUGGAGCAGAAGGCAAGAGGACUGUUCUUCUCAUUACAGAUUCAGAUAUAAUUCAAGAAUCAUUUUUGGAAGUCCUAAGUUGUAUUCUGAAAUCAGGACAAGUGCCCAACCUAUUUGAGAAGGAUGAGUUGAAUAACAUUAUGGAAUCACUUACAUCAGCUUCUGAAAUGACUAAGGAUUCCAACAAAAUGGAUGAUAUGUAUUCUUUUUUCUUACACAGAGUACGCCAAAACCUUCAUAUAGUUUUGACAGUAAAUCCUACAGGACUGGUUUUCCGCCAAUAUUUACAGAUAUAUCCUGCCAUUGUGAAUUGCUGUACAGUAGACUGGUAUGAAAAUUGGCCUGAAGAGGCCCUUUGCCAUGUAGCAAAAAGUUAUUUUAGCCAGAAUCAGACAUUUAAAAAUGAGAAUUUAAGAGAUAUUUUUAUCCCUAUGACUGUUAAUAUUCACAAGAAUGCAUCUAUGAUAAUUGAGAAAUACUUGAAGGAAACUAAAAGACACUAUUACAUCACUCCCAAAAGUUACUUGCAAUUUAUAAAUACUUUUUCCAUAAUAUUGAGGACCACAAAAGAGGAAAUGCUGAGUGAAAGAGCUUGCUAUCAUUCUGGUCUGACAAAAAUCUUGGAUGGAACUUCACAGAUUGCAAAUAUGCAAGAUGAAUUGCUUGUCCUUGGACCUCAAAUAGAGUCAAAAUCAAAGGAAAUAGAAGAACUUGUAGCCAAACUUCACAAAGAUGCGUUAGUUGUAGAGCAAGUUCGAACUUUGGUUAAAAAGGAUGAAGAAACUAUGGUUGCAGAAACUAAAAUUGUGGAAGGGUAUGCUAAGCAAGUAACAGAAGAGCUCAAUACUGUAUUACCAUCUUUGGAGAAGGCCCUUAGUGCUCUUGAUGCACUUGACAAAAAUCACAUUGCAGAAGUUAGAGUAUAUACUCAUCCUCCUCUACUUGUUUUAACUGUUAUGAAUGCAGUCUGUAUUCUUCUUCAAAAGAAACCAAAUUGGGCAACAGCAAAAUUACUACUUUCAGAUCCAGGAUUCCUUAAAACAUUGAUUACAAUUGACAAAGAUAAUUUACCAGAAAAGGUUUUUCUGCAGUUAAAAAAAUAUGUGAGGUCGCCUGAUUUCAAUCCAGUGAAAGUGGGACUUGUGUCUGUUGCAUGUUGCUCCAUAUGCCAGUGGAUUUUAGCUCUGGAUCACUAUCACAUUGUUAAAAGGUUUGUAGAUCCAAAACAAGCAAAGGUAGCAGAAGCAGAGGAAUUACUGAAUCGUGCAUUUAGUAAAUUAGCUGAAAAGCAAAGAAGUUUAGCCCUGAUUGAACAACAUCAACAAAAUUUAGAAGCAUUGUAUGAUGAAAGUAUUGCUGAACAGGAAAAACUUGCAGCCCGAAAAAUUCAAACAACUCGCCGUUUACACAGUGCAUCUAUAUUAAGCACAGCUCUAAAGGAUGAAAUGGAACGCUGGAAAGAAUCUGUUAAUAAUCUUGACCAAAGAUUGCAAGGAAUUGUAGGUGAUGCCCUUAUAUCAGCAGCUUAUAUUGUCUACAGUGGAGUGUUAUCAGUGGGAUAUCGUCAACAGCUAGUCAAUGACAGUUUGCAACUCUGCAAUGAAAAUAAUAUUUUGGUCUCUCCAAAUUAUUCAUUGGUUAACUGCAUGACCGAAAAGAAUGAGGUCCGCAGAUGGCAAAAUGCAGGUUUGCCACAUGAUCAAUACUCCACAGAAAAUGCAAUACUUGUUAAACAUGGACAACAGUGGCCUUUAUUAAUUGAUCCAGAAAGGCAAGCUUACAAAUGGAUAUGUCAAAUGGAAGGCAGCAAACUGCGACAAAUCAGUGCUACAGAUGCCAGUUAUUUAAAAACAAUUGAAUAUUCUUUGCAGUUUGGUGAAUCAGUCCUUUUGCAGGAUUUUCCUGAAACGUUGGAUUCAAAUAUAAAAUCAAUCUUAAGCAAAGAGAUCUACAAAAAAGGAGGGCAAGAAUUCAUUAGAAUAGGAGAUUCUGAAAUUCAGUACAAUUCAGAUUUUCGAUUAUACCUGACAACACAGAAAUUCAAUCCUCAUUUUCUGCCAGCAACAUGCAAUAUUGUUACAAUAAUAAACUUCACGUUAACAUUCCAUGGUUUGCAAAAUCAGCUGUUAUCUGCGGUUGUAAAUAAGAAAAAACCUGAGCUUGAAAAACAGUACUGCAAGUUGAUGGAAAGCAUAUCAAUUGAUCUGGUAGCAUUACGUGAAUAUGAACAAAGAUCACUUCAACUUUUGCAAAAAACAAGUGGGCACCUUUUAGAUGACCAAGACCUCAUUGAAAAUUUGCAGCGAACAAAAAUUACCUCAUCAGAGAUUUUUCAGCGUGUAGCAGAUUCAGCAGCAACAGAAGUCACCAUAGAAGGAAUGCGUAAAGCCUAUAUUCCUAUAGCAACUCGUGGUGCUGUGCUCUACUUCGUAAUAUCAGAUCUUGUACACAUCAACCAUGUCUAUCAGUUUUCACUGAAUUGGUUUCUUAAGAUCUUUGUAGACUCUAUAGAUAAUGUGAAGAAAAGUGACAUUUCUCUCAGUGAUUCUCUUUCAAGUACAAAAAUAAGUGAAUAUAAGGUACAAAGUGAAGAAACAUCAACCGAAAGUGAGACUGAGAUAGAUUAUUUCAAAAUAGAUAUUAAUGAGAUAAUUGAAACACUAACGUAUCAUGUCUAUGAGACAGUUUCUCCAGCUUUGUUCAAUAAAAAUAAGCUAUGCUUUGCUUUCCUACUGUGCACAGCAAUCAUGAAAAAUAAUUGUGAUGAAAAUUUAUUCACAAAUAACCUUGGAUUUAUAUCAGAGAAUGAGUGGAAUUUCUUCCUGUACUCUAGCAUGAUAGCAAAUAUUAAGCAACCAUCAAUCUCUGACUAUACUGGUUCAUGUGUAAUUAACAAAACUGCUCCAUUCCACUGGAUAAGUGAAAUGAUGUGGAAAGAAUGUCAGUACAUGAGUACUCAAAUACCAGCAUUCAGCCUAUUGUGCGGUUCUCUGUCAACAUAUCCUCAACAGUGGAAAGAUUUUCUAGAUAGUGAGAAUGUGUAUAAUUUGAUUAGUACAUGUUAUACACCAUUAUCACCAAAGCAAGACUCAGAAUCACAGCUAGCAAGAGAAAGUGAAGAUGAUGAGGAGAGUAUACCUAUAAUUUUUCCUUGGGAGAAGCUUUCUCCAUUUGAAAGACUUAUCCUGAUAAAAGUUCUACGUGCAGAAAUGUUGAACCGUGCAGUACAAAUAUUUGUAACUGAAAAAUUAGGAACUAGGUAUCUUCAGACUAGAGGAAUUAAUUUAAAAGGAAUGUAUGAAGAAUCUGAUUCUACAACUCCACUAAUUCUCAUCCAUACUCAUGGGAUAGACAUUACAGCAGUUGUCUUACGCUUUGCUCAAGAAAUAAAAAAAAGUACACAAAAUGUGCAAAUGCUAUCUCUGGGACGUGGCCAAGGCAGCAAAGCAGAGGAAUUAAUAUAUAAGGCACAAAUACUAGAUGAACAGUGGGCAUUCCUUCAGAACUGCCAUCUUGCAACUUCAUUUAUGCCGAGAUUGUGCAAAAUUGUUGAUUCCUUUAUCCUACCUGAUGCAAAUAUAAAUCCAGGAUUUAGACUAUGGUUAAGUUCGACACCAGAUACUUCUUUACCCAUACCUAUCUUGAGAAGAGGGCUAAAGAUAGUAAUAGAAACUCCGCAAGGACUAAAAGGAACAUUACUUCAAACUUUUGGAUUUGGUGACACUGGUGUAGUAACAGAAGCUAUAUUUAAUAAGACCAACUGUGGGCCAUCAUGGAAAAGAUUGUUGUUUAGCCUAUGUUUCUUCAAUGCUGUCAUUCAUGAAAGAAAGAAAUACGGAGUUUUGGGCUGGAACAUUCCAUAUGCAUUUAAUUCUUCAGAUUUAGAGUUUUCUAUCAAAAUAUUGGAAGUGCUCCUUGAGAAGCAUCAAAAGAUUCCUUGGACAGCAUUGCAUUAUUUGACUGGAGAAGUAACAUAUGGAGGCCAUGUAACUGAUAACUGGGAUCGUCGAUGCUUGCUUUGCAUUUUAGAUAAUUUUUAUAAUCCUUCCGUAUUGGAAGAAGAUUUUGUUUAUACUGCUGAUGAGGUGUAUCAACCAAUAUCUGAAUUAGAUAGUUUAAAAGACUGCAGAGCCUAUCUACAAUCUCUUCCAGAAGUGGAUUCUCCGGAACUUUUUGGAAUGCAUCAUUGUGCUGAAAGACAAUACUUAAAAGCUCAGGCAGAAUUAUUUAUUAAUUCAGUUGUCAGUACCCAACCAACAUAUAGCACAGACAUUAUCAGUGAUAGAAUGGGUCAGGAUGAAAUAGUACUGGAAAUAGCAUCUGAUAUUCUAAUAAAGCUACCAUUGACUGUAGAGAAUAUGGGAGGGGCAUCUAACAACGAACAUGUGUCUACGGAAAUUAUAACCCUUAGAAGUUUCAUGUCUGGACCAAUUUGGGCUGCACUUGCAAAAGCUACAGAAGAUUUUUAUUCUAUUACCAAUUCACCUUUGCUACCUGUUUUGCGCCAGGAGAUUGACCAUUGUAAUAAUUUACUAUACUUAAUAAUUCAGUCAUUACAAGAACUUCAGCAAGGAAUCAAAGGAAAAAUUAUCUUCACUAAAAGAUUAGAAGACCUUUAUAAUUCAAUAUUGAAAGGCAUAGUAGCUGAUUUGUGGGAGCAAAGUUCUUUUAAGACAAAUAAACCUUUAGGAUCCUGGAUUGAUGAUCUCAUUAUACAAGUGAAUUUCUUUGCCAUGUGGGCUGAUCGAAUUAUCACCUUUAUGCAAGCAAGGUUUAAUGAUUUAUUGGUGCUUCAGAGACAAAGCAAAAUACCACUUCAUCUUGGUGAAUAUCCUGACUUUCAUGCCAGUUAUCAAGGACAUCCUAGCUAUUUUUGGCUUCCAGGUUUCUUUUUUCCACAUGGAUUUCUUAUUGCUGUGUGUCAGAAUUAUGCUCGGUUGAAUAAAGUAACAGUGGAUUCACUUAGUUUUACACAUAAAGUGCUUCCAUUAACUCAAGAUGAAGAGUUAAGUUUCAAUAGAAAAGAAAAUAUAUUAAACAAAGCCUUUAAGGAAGAUUCUCAAUAUGAAACUGGAGUUAAAAUUUAUGGCUUAUACAUAGAUGGUGCAUGCUGGAAUCUCAGUACACAGGCAUUGGAUGAACCUGAACUUCAUAGAAGAUUUUAUCCAUUACCAGACAUCCAAUUUUUACCACAAAGUAUAACCUUUUGGCCAAGUCACUGUGAUGAAGAAGGCCGGCUCUUAUAUGAAUGUCCUUUAUACAAGACACCUCAAAGAACAGGAAUGCUGUCUUCUACGGGUGCAUCUAUAAAUUUUAUAACUGCAGUUAAUCUGCCAAGUCUGGUAACUCCUAGCCACUGGAUAAUGAGAGGAGUUGCACUGUUAUGCCAACUGGAUGAUUAAGAAAUAAAAAAUAUUAUUGUCCCUCAUUUGAAAUGAAUACUUCACUGUUUCAGUCUAGGAUCAGAUACAACCUAGUUUUAAUUGUUUAAUGUUUUAGAUUAAUAAUAAAGUUGUUUCCCAUGCAAUAUGUGCAAAUUCAAAUUUAUAUUAUGGUUUUGUUUUUUGCCUUUAGUCAAUCAUUAUAAAUUACAUGAGAAUAGGCAGUGAUCAAAGAUGGCACAUGAUAAAUCUAGCCUCUGGAUUAUACAUUGCCUCUGGUAAUGUGCCUAGAGGCCUCUCCUUUUGCACUCAAGGGCUCUUAAAUCCAGCUAGUUUUUGAAAAAUUUUUUUUUUAAAUUACUGGCAUUUUGUCUAGAAAUUUUUAUUUCUAAGAAUCUUCUGCAUCCCAAAUAGGUUCAAUAACCCUAAUAAUGAUGGAUGGCUGCACCCUGGUGGAUCUGGAUAGCGCCUGGAAUAAUGUAAAAUUUAAGCAAGGUUAAAAGCAGGUGACAGAUAAUUCUCUGGUACAUUUGUGCUUCCAAAUUGAUUUCCCAUGACUACUAUUUUAGUAAAUGAAUGGAUAAGCUGCUAGGAAUAAUUUUAUAUCAGGACUUGUAUGUUUUCAAAAUUCCAUAUAUUCCUGCAAAUCCAAAAAUUAGGAUUGCUAUCCUAAUACAUAUAAUUUUAUACCUGUUCCUAUUUCAGCCUAAUAAACCUUUUCUCUGGUAUUUUUAAAAUGUGUGCUUCAGUUUCCAAAGUUCUCACAAAAGGUCAUGCUGGCUAUAGAUUCUAAAUAGUUUAAGUCUGGGGGUUUAAUUUUGGCUUAGCUAGUGUUAUAAUUUGUAAAUCAUGGUUUUGCCAAAUUCUAUGAUUGACAGUGCUGUUUCUUAGCAAAAACAUAUUAUUCAUGUCAAUUAUGUCCCUAAUCUUUCAGGUUUCCCAACAAAGCACCACCACCACUUUAACUGAAUCCAUCCACCCUGCUGCUGGUGGUCUUUUUUCCUUCCGUCUUUCCCAGCAUUAAAGCCUUCUCUAGAGAGCUAGAGAUUGUAUCCAGAGAAGGACAAUUUGAGCCUGGCCACUUGUACCUGAGUGAGAACUGUGGGUUGAUUUUGAUAUCCGUUGGUUUGUUCUUGGCUGUCCAUUAUAUUCUCAGGAAUCUUCUCCAACACUGAGAGAAGAAUGUCAUUGCUUUUUCAAGUGAUUCUAGGUAAUCAUCCCUUAAGUUAUGUACUCACACUAGUUGAUUUUAUUCUCUCUCUUAAUUCUGCAGGCUAACAGGAUAAUUGUAUUGCUCCCAAGUGAGAUAUUGAGGAAAGCAAAACAACAGUAAUUCCCAUUCCAAUGUCCUAGUCUAGCAUGACUUAUUUUUGGUAACUCAUUAUGGUUCCUGCCAAGCAGAAAAAUUUCUAAGUUCACAAAAAGGAAUCUAAAAUAUCCUUCUGUCUAGAUUUCCCUGGCACUAUAGAUACCAUCCAUGAUUUUAUGAAUAUUGGAGUUUCAAGAUAACUGCCAGAUUUCUAUUAUUACCAUCCUAACAUAAAUUCCUAUAAGCAGAUCCAUCCAGUUUUUUUUCUCUUUUUACUGUUAUCUGCAAAAAGCCUUUUUCACACCUUUUGUAAACAGGUAUCUUUUUGUGCUAUUGAAAAAGGAACGCAGCAUUACAACUUCAGGAAUGUUGAGUGAUAUUGAAUUAUGCAAUGAACCCUUUGACACUGAACAGUCAGCCAAUAAUUUUUAUCACAUUCAGUUCUUACAUUGGAGAUCUUCUGAGAUGGGAGAGCUAACACUGUAGGGAUGGUAGAAAUCUGUUUUGCAAACUAGCUUAAACAUUUAUUUUCUUAAUGAGAUGGUCGCAAGGCUAUGCAUGCAACCUUGUCUAUUAUGCUGCUCAAGCUAAUUUGGCUCAACUGAGAUUUGCCUUAAUAAACAAUUGUUGCUCCCUCAACCCAUUACAUCUUUGAGAUUUUCCAGUUUUUCAUUUCAGAUUUCAAAGCCAAAUCCUGAGAAACUGAGAAAUUCCUACGGAAUAGACUGCCCUUCCAAGAUAUGAUACCUAUCUUCUUUCGUAUUGACUUAAACUUUCUAGGAAAGAAUACAAUUUUAGCAACCUUUUUUCCCUUAUUAAGCAGUUUUAUUACUUAAAAUCAUAAUUUGAAAUAGUUGAAUGUUUUCAAAUAUUUGCAAAUUAUAGUUUGGUCCAUAGUUCAUUUCACUAGAGAAAUUUUAAAGUUUUAAAUUUUGUAAGACCAUACCAUAGUUUUCUUCACCUAUUUCUUAACGGAGGAAAACAUGGCCACUGGAUUCUAUGCCUUAAAAAUUGGGCAAAAAAUGAAGAUGUGGUGAUCUUGGCAAGGUAGUUAUUUUCUCCAAAUGACCUACAUCUCCCUUGAAAACUAUCUUCCUAAUAUCCCAUCCUGAUGCAACUCUUGAGAAGAAUUGCUAGCUACUCCAUCUCAAAAGAAUGUCACUCCAGAAGACAUAUACCAAAUUGUAGGCUUUAAGUGGCAUUCUGUGAAGUACAUGUCACAGAAGUAUGCAAGGGGAGGGAAAAAAAUUAAGGGAAAGCAGUUAUUUUUAUUCACUUUAACUUGGCUGAAAUUUCACAUAAAAGAGACUACACUGUCCAACUCUUGAAAAUGUAGAAAUAGUCAGUUGGCUAAAAAAAAUAUAUCCAGGGUAAUUCAUUCCCUUGUGGAUACUUCUAACUUGUGUACAAGCAAAUUUUUGCCAAUACACUUAAUCUAAUUUGCUAAACAAAACAAUGUGUUUCUUCACUAAAGGAACUGGGGAGUAUGUGUCAAGUCUAACUAAGAAGAUUGUAGAUAUCUAUUUUUGUCCACUUAAGAUAAAGUAGGAAGGAGCACAGGAAACACAUUCUUAAUUGAUUUCAAUGAAGAGUAUGAAAGGAGAAUAUCACUAUCAAGCCAACAUGAAUAUAACCAAACUUGGUCAUAAUUUAGUUUCUGUUGAAAAUAUUUGAUAAAAAAGAACAGUAAACAUCCAUUUAAUUAACAAAUAAAUAUUAGAAGUCUGUCAAGAAAGGGAUGCAAGAUUCUUAAUAAAUAAUUCUUCCUGCAUCAAACAAUUUUUGGACUAAUUUUUAAUUAUGAAGUGAAAGCUAAGUACAUUCUAGGUGUAAAAGGAAAAAUAAUCAUGACAAACUGAUGUUUAUUUUAAUUCCCGGGGCAAUAUAUUUAUCUUUAAAAAGCCUUCCUUCAGAAAGUUUAUGUAGAAUACCUGAAAAUCAUGGACUGUCUAUACUACCUAUUGCUCAUAGAUAACCAGCCUUGUUAAAAGUGUUCAGGGCCACAGCCUUCAUCAAACCUAGUCAAUCUGGCCAACAGAAAGAUGUAAAAUGUAGCUCAAAAGUUUUGGAGAGUGUUUAGGGGUGGGAGCAUAAUCAUCACAGAAUUAAAAAAUGCCAUUAUCAUUUUUGGAAUAGUUAUUGCCCCCAAGCCCCCUAUUUAAUUACUAUAAUCUAAUUUAAAAAUGGUUUUGUUCAGAACUAAAACAGCUCUUAUGAAUAUAUAAGGAAUAAAGAUUACCAAAUGCUACUCAAAUGUGAUAGGGUCUUUCUAUUUCAAAACUUGGCAAACAUUUAGGUUAAAUAGACUGAAUUCACAUUUUUCAUAAAGGCACGCAAUGUCCAGCAAAAGCUAGUAGAUAGAUAAAAUAUAGUAGAGGGAAGAGGAAGAAAAGAGAGUCUGCUAUAUUGUAUAAUAUUUCACAGUAAUUAUUGCUGCACAAUAUUUUCAAAGUAGUAUAAGCUAUAUUAAAACUAAAAGCAAAUGUUAUAAAGAAUAUGCUACAUAUACAUAUAUACAAAAUAUGUGUUUUACACAGAUAUUAAAUGAGUACUUUUUCUACCUGCUAUAAAAUUAUGAAAUUCAAGGUUUGAAAAAAUUAUUUCAAUACCUCUGCCUUCAAACUUUAUAUAUUAAAAUAGCAAUUGUUCUGUCAAUUACAGCCAUUUCAAUAAUUACUAUUGUUAAAGCUAUGAAUGAGUAAAACUCCAUAGCUAUAGUUAAAAGAUAUGAAUACAAAAAUAUAAAAAAUGCAUUAGUGCAUAUAUAGUUGAUUUUAAUUUCCACUUUUUAUUAAAAAGCUAAUUUAAAAAGCAAUUUGAAUAUUGGCAUUUUUUUUCUAUACGUAACAAUAUAAAAAGGCAAAAUAACCUACUUUGAGGUAGUAAUGCCAAGUUGUAAAAUUUGAAGUUUUCUUUUUUUCAUAAUGCAUCACCAUAUUUAAAUGAAAUCAUCAGCUCUUGAACUGUUUCACAAUAAUACAAUACUUUACAUUUUUUCAAAAAUAUGCAAAUGGUUAUAAUUAAAAAAAAUCAAACUUUGAAAAACAAUUCCAUUUUACAGCCAAAUAUUAUAAAACAAACUCAAUGUUAUAAAGGAAAGCUGCAGUUUGUACAAUAUUUCACAUCUUGCACUACUUUUUAUUACCACUAAAUAAAGCUCUAAUGUUUUUUAUUACUAAUAUUUUCAAACCUGAGACAUUCCAUGAGAGCUUAUGGGAAAUUUUAUAUAUCCCUUUACAACUGUACUGUGUACAAUACUCAACUAAAAAAUUCCACAUAUAUGUUGUUCAGAACUUAAAUGGGAGCCUGUUUUUAUAUGGCAGAAGAGUCAUGUAUUAUAACUCUAAACUCUAUCUUUCUGCCUCAAGGGAAUCAGGUCUGAGUGAGAACAAAUAUAAUUAGGAAGCACGAACAUAGUAAAAGUCGCUUUCCACUGGAUCUUAGUAUGCUUUUAAUUUUUUAUACGAUGUUUUUUGACCAAGGCUAAAAAUACAAAACAAAAUUAUAGAGAAAGAAAAUGUUGGUAAUUAAGUCCCAAAUUUGGUUUUCUUUCUUACAGGACAGAAAAUGAACAUUACUCAUCAGAUAACCAGUUCAUAAAGCAUACAAAUUACUUAAUACUUUUCAUGCACUAUACAACUAGUUUACUGUUUCUUAAUAAAAAAAA